CGUUGGUCUGAGAGUUGAGAAGUCCAGACGGAGCUGGAGUGAAACGAGAAAGCGUCCUAUCAUGAAUCUUCUCCGGUUUACUGCCUGAAAGAGGAAGGCCAGUGGUAUUCUCAGUUCUCCGGCAAACCAGCGACUCAUAAUGUUGGCGACCCGUAGGCGUCUCUUCUCAGACGGUGGAAAACAAGUCGGGUAUUGUCGGUGAAAUCUCGAGAGAUGGCAGACUCCGUCGACCUGCGCACGAUCCCAGAAGAAGCUCUCUAAAACAAGGUUUACAAUGACGGCUGGUGACAUGUUUCUGUGGAUCUUCCUGGUUCUUCCCUGCUCCGGUUUGGAAGGUGGUGACAGCAUCGUGAGAAACUCUGAAUGCUUGUGUGAUGGAGCGGCUUGCAGCAGCGAGGCUCGGUGUUUUGGCCAGCAGUGCUUCACCUCACUGUCCUCGCUGAACGGGACGGCAGUUCUUCAGAAGGGAUGUGUCAUCGGUAAUGAAGCCGUCCCCUGCGGGAGCCCGGCGACUCCUGAGCUGACCGUCGAAUGCUGCCAGGGAGAUCUUUGUAACAUGAACGUGACGUUGCUGCCUCAGGUCAAAGAUGCUGAAGUGUCUGUGGGCAGACCAGCCCUCCGGGAGCAGGAGUGUGUGUGUGAGGGCGGCGCGUGCGAGCGUGCACGCCGGUGCGCCGGCCAGCACUGCUUCUCCUCCGUGAGGAUGAUCGACGGGGCGGCCGUCCAGCAGAAGGGCUGCCUCAAAGACGACGAGGAGGGCCGAGCCACCUGCGCCACCCCACCCUCCUCCAGCCAUGUGGUGAAGUGUUGCCAGGGCCAUCUGUGUAACAUGAACGUCACCGUCCAGUCUAAAGGGAAAGAGGAGGAAGUGAAGCCCGCGGCCACAGAAGAGCACCAGUGCGUGUGCGAGGGCAGCUCGUGUAUCACAGGGAAUCGCUGCAUCGGCCACCAGUGUUUCUCCUCCCUCACCGUUAACAGCGGCUUGCUGGUGUACCAAAAAGGAUGCUUUAAAGUCCCGGAGCAGAGCAAGCUGACGUGCAAGACGCCACCUUCCAGGGACCAGAUUGUGGAGUGCUGUCAGGGACACUUGUGUAACAUGAACAGCACCGUGGAGCUUCCUGUCAAAGCUGAUGAGUUAUCCAACUACAACGUGACAACGCUGGCUGUUGCCAUCGUGGCGCCCAUCAUCAUCCUCAUCAUCCUGUCUGCUGUCGCUAUCUUGGUGUUCCGACGGAUCCACCACAACCAGAUGGAGCGGCUGACUUCUCGAGACGCCGAAUACGGAACCAUCGACGGUCUCAUCGCGUCCAAUGUGGGGGAGAGCACUCUGGCGGAUCUGCUGGAUCACUCCUGCACUUCAGGAAGCGGCUCCGGGCUGCCGUUCCUGGUUCAAAGAACCGUGGCACGACAAAUCACGCUGAAUGAGUGUGUGGGUAAGGGUCGCUACGGCGAGGUGUGGCGAGGACAGUGGCAGGGAGAAAGCGUCGCCGUGAAGAUCUUCUCCUCCAGAGAUGAAAAGUCCUGGUUCCGAGAGACGGAGAUCUACAACACGGUUCUUCUGAGACACAAGAAUAUUCUGGGCUUCAUAGCUUCGGACAUGACGUCCAGGAACUCCAGCACCCAGCUGUGGCUGAUCACCCACUUCCAUGAGAUGGGCUCCCUGUACGACUACCUGCAGCUCAUCACCCUGGACGCGCUGGGCUGCCUCCGCAUGGCGCUGUCCAUCGCCAGCGGCCUGGCCCACCUUCACGUGGAGAUCUUCGGCACCCAGGGCAAGCCCGCCAUCGCUCACCGAGACCUGAAGAGCAAGAACAUAUUGGUGAAGAAGAACGGCCAGUGUUGCAUCGCUGAUCUCGGUCUGGCCGUCAUGCAUUUUCAAGACACCAAUGAGCUGGACGUCGGGAGCAACCCCAAAGUUGGCACCAAGCGCUACAUGGCCCCCGAAGUGCUGGAUGACUCCAUCCAGAUGGACUGCUUCGAGUCCUUCAAGAGGGUGGACAUCUGGGCUCUGGGCCUCGUCCUUUGGGAGGUCGCCAGGAGGACAGUCAGCAAUGGCAUCGUAGAAGACUACAAACCACCCUUUCAUGAUGUGGUGCCCAGCGAUCCCAGCUUUGAGGACAUGAAAAAGGUUGUGUGUGUCGACCAGCAGAGGCCCAACAUCCCCAACAGAUGGUUCUCAGACCCUACUUUAACUUCAAUGGCUAAACUCAUGAAGGAGUGCUGGUACCAGAACCCCUCGGCCCGAUUAACAGCGCUGCGCAUCAAAAAGACUCUCACAAAGAUCGACAACUCUCUGGACAAAAUCAAAACAGACAUUUGAGUCCCGAAAGAAGUGAACUCUCAGAGGCCUUAGUGGACAACAAGAGCACGGACCAUGGGCACAGAGGACUUGAUCGGGCGCAGAACUAUAUUUAUUUUUAAAGGACAGGACGGGAAACCUUUUGGCAUCCAAAGAUGGCUUUCUGGACAUAAAUGAGGCUGACGGUGGUCUCAGAAAUAGGAAAAGGAUAUCACGCGACAGGAGCUUGGAGCGGCUGCAUUCUUCAAGGAAGAAACAUUUCCUGGGCAUAGGACAACUUCACGAAACGGCCUCACACAUUUUCAGUUGGGAAAAAAAAACACACUCAGCAAUUCACUUUUUAACUCCGCCCAGUUUCGGACAGCAUUGUUUCGUCGUGGCGGACGUGAGAGCUCAAACUUCACUGCAUAUUUAGUUUUCCAGGCUCAUAGUUUAGUUGUACAGCUACAUCCAUUUUUUUACGUUCAACCAAAAGUACUGUGUAUUUACGUUGAGUUUUACAUCGAGUUGUUUCACGUUUUAUUUCAGCUUUACAGACAACAAUGCUAAAGAACAAAUACAAGCUGCUAGGAGACGCUGGCCGCGGCUCGUCCGCCGGCCUGUAAAUACGCCUGUAAAACCCGUCUGUGUGUUGUCCAGUACAUGAAGUCAAACUUCGACCUUUUUACAUUUCUUUAACCUUUUAUAUCAAUUAGUGAUUUCUAUUUAAUAAAUAGAAAAAACUUGCAGUCCAUGUCUGGUUUGUGUGGCGUCUCUGUCGUUCACUUGGUUGCCGCAGAGUACCUGACAGAGAUGUGGCGGUGGGCGAUUAUGGCAAAAAAUAUCGCAUUUCAUUUAUAAUGAAAUCACAAUUUCGAUUUUAACACAAUUUUUUAAACUAGUUUGCAAGUGCAACCAAAGCACUUUGGUAUCUGCAACACAAAAAAGGAGAAAGGACACAUUUCUGCCAGCGUGUGAAGAGAACCAAAAUAUAACAAGGUAAACAACAAUGCUCAGAUGAAGAGCACUCUUGAAACAGAAAAUAUGGCUUUCAAUAAACAUGUCAC